GUGUAAUUCGCUACCUAAGAAUUUCACUCAACGCUGGUCUUCCUACCUAUUUUUCCCACACCUUCUUCUGAACAAAUUCUACACAUACUACACAAUACACAUUCUGCAUAUCACGUAUUACCUGUCACCAUAUCCCUCGCGCCCAUCUUCAAGAUGGGUGGCACUACUCAUUCCCCCGCGGCAAGCCCUGCAAAGGGAAAGGGAAAGGCCGUUCCCGCCACCAAGAAACCCUCCGGCAGAGGCGUGACCAAGCGAACCGGUCGAAAGCCCGCGCCCAAGAAGACUGCUCGUGGUAAAGGUCGUGGCCAGAAGAAAGUAUACCUUGACCCUGUUACCCAAGCUGCAUAUGAACGCCAAAAGGAACUUCGAGAUGUCUACUCGCAAGUUGCCAAUGCCGUCAAGCCAGCUCUAGAAGAACUUGCCAACCAGUCUAUCAAUGACUUGAACCGUCGCAUGGAUGCUCACAAGGAUGCCGAUGAGCACCAAAUCGUCCAAGACCAUUUAGAUGAACGAUACAAAGACGCUGUUGAGGCAAUCGAACGGGAGUUUAAAGCCAAAUCCCGUGUUACCGAGAACGAGUACCGAUUAGAACGUACUCGUAUUAACAAAUGCUUCACCGAUUCAUUCAACUAUGCUACUGAUGAAUUUAUCGAUGGCUCACGCAACCGCGCUAGCAUAUUAGAUGAGCUUCGCCACGAAGGUUGCCCUACUACCACACCUGAUCUCUCCUACACAUAUGUUGAGAACAUACCGUAUGUGUCUUUCAUUUCGGGACAGUCAACUUUGGAAGUUGCCCAUGCUCUCGAGCGAGAUCGUCAAGCGAAGCUUCCCAAGCGCAGGGCAGUCGAUCAGCUUGAUGAAGAGCCUGAUUCUAAGAAGCUCCGGCAUACCGGUGGUCUUCUUGCUUCAGAACAGCAACCUGAUGGCGUCUCCGAAUCAAACGCGCCUUCUCCCACACCUCUCGAAGAGCAGGAGGUCACACCUGCCACGAAGAAACUCUUGCCGGACUUCCCUAACGGUACCUGUGAACCUGAUGAGCAUGGUGUCAGAAGAGUCAUCAGACGGGUUAAGAGCCCGGCAAAUCGGUUCAUCCUACAGCAGACGUUCCAGUGGGAAGAUGACGAGAUUGGAUUCCGCGACUCCACGAAUGACUCUACUAGACGAGCUACGCGACACUCGCGCGGUAAAUUCCUCAAUACGCCCAAUUCUAGGGCCUGGCAUGUGGACCAUACGGUCAAGGAUUACGACUGCCGCGAGUACACGGCCGAAACCCUGGAUCCCGAGUUAGUAAAGAAGCACAGAUUACAUCCCAAGUACGGCUUCUUUCUACCAGGCUCCGUCAAUGAGCCGGAACCGCCUAGUGAGCGGGUCAACGGAUCGCGUCCUAUCGUUCAUGUUCCGGAUCGUCAUACUACGAAUCACGCAUCACGAUCGGUCAGACCUAUGAAGAUGGACCGCAUGCUGCGAGAUGACGCGACGAAGGGACUCAUGUCAUCGAUGCUACGCGGUUUCUGCGAAGAGGAAGACAUCGACCAAGAUGAUAUCGUUACCGAGGAAAUGCGCGAACGGGAAGUUCAGGCUCGUGAAAGACUUGUUAUUGCGGAUGACCAUGAAGCUCCAACGGAGAACUCAGCUUCCCCCCAACCUGUCUCCAACAGCUUCCUCAAAGAACGUGUAAAUGUUCUGUUGGAAGCCGCUUCAGAAGUUGACGGUCAGGCCUCGUCCUCGCCUACUCCGCCUAGUCCACGACAGUCCCGCCCUUAUGAUGCGGUUCGGGACGUCUUUACUGGCACGGAGCCGGCUACUGCUAGACCAGAGCAGCACUCAGAGGCCCCUAAUAAUCCUCUAGAUAUCCUUGCUGGCGCGGCUGAUGAAGUUUCUCGAUGUGAACCGGAGCUUCCUCCUAAGGCCAACCAACCUAGAGUUGAUCGAGCUGAGGUGGAACCGCGCGGCUAUGUCCCGCAUGGCCAACAGCUAUCAUCACCUAGCAACUUCUUACAGACCGCUUUGAACCCGGCUUCUACUUUUACGCCUAUCGCCCCAGCACCUGCGCCAGCCCUUCCACUGGAAGUUGCACCACAGGCAGCACCUCAUAGGAACCCCUUCGUGAACCAGAACGGCAUUAGAGAUAGCCCUGGUCUCCCACCGCUACGACCUAACAGAUCGGAAACCCUGGGAAAGAUAUCUCAUUCUUCUCCCCAGCUCCAGCCUCUACCUCUGCCUAUGAAUCAGCAGCCACAGGAGUUCGGAGCCCCUCAUGGUUUAGUUCACACUAACUCUGGAACUUACUACCCUCCGGCUCCGACUCGAGCUUAUCACCAGGGCCUCUCAUUCCAUGAGCCACCCAUGAUGCCGAUGCCUAUUUCGGGUCAACACAUCCCCGGUCCUGGUAUGAUGCCUAACCAUUCUCCAUUGAGCCAUCAUGUUUCGAUCUAUCACAACGUGAUGUCGCCAUCUAUGCACGGACAGGCACAGCUAGCCCCGAUGCCGCAAAUGGAACCUCCCGCACCUUCCAUCUCACCACCCGGCCCGCCCGUAUUAGCUCCUUCCCCGCCCGCUCAUGCAACGCGACAACGAACGUCAGUGUCAUCGAACGGCAACGGAGCCGGUAGACAAUUCCGUAGGAUAGCAGCUGCACCAGCGUCUAACAACCGCCCGUGGCAAACCAACGGUGGUACUGAGCUAAGACUUGCUCACUACGAUCACAAGGAAGCUAUCAAGGAUUACCGGGCAAACGAACCCCCUCCACGCACUGGACCCACGACUAUCAGAGGCUGGAAUGUGAACAACGUUUCCAAGGGCCGAACCAGAAGUGCGAGAAAGGAGGAUUCUGAGGAGAAGGAUUCUCCCAAGUAGGUCCCUAAGACGCCUCUUGAAAGGCUGUCAUAUUGACGAUUGUCAUCUUGCAGCACGAUAUCGCCUUAUAUUGGCAAAUGGAAUGCCUCUGAUAGAAGCUGAGGCUAUACGACCUGGUCCUAUAUACGAACGGACCUACGAUUAAUUACUUGUACACACACAUAACGACAUAGGAAAUCACAUUGGAAGCCAAUGG